AUGGCUGUUUUAUUCCCUAAGAAGGUUCCAGCUUUUUCUCGAGCUUUAGGAGAAAGAGAUGAUGGUUUUGACUUCGAUAGUGACUAUUUAGUUCCUACAGAGGUUUCUACUUUGCAAUCUUUUAAGGUGGAUGAAAUUAUCAGAACACUCAUAAUUGGUGUCGGUUCCGCACAAUGCAAUGCGCUUAAGGAAACUGUUGAUUUUUCUAAAGCUCAAAUUAUUUCCGAAGUAAGUCUUCUUCUCUCCAACCAUAUUAUUAUGACUUGUUUUGCCUAUAAAUUUGAUGGAGCUGUCCUUAUCUGGUUAUGCGAUACUCAACAAAGUGAAUCUUGUUAUGGUUUCGGUAAAUGGAUUGAAGCUCUUCUCUCACCUUUCGAGCUCGAGAAGAAUGCCUGUAUUUAUAUACUUUCUGAUGCACCUACCUCCGAAUUCCAGAGUGAUUUGAAACCGGCUGCGCCCUUUGUUCGCGUUCUAAGAUCACCGAAGGCUGCCUCAGAGUAUUUAGAUAUUAAGGUUCUUGAACCCCCCAAUAUUAUUUCCGGUUUCGCAGCCGCUUUAAUGUCUCACUGUAUCUACGAGUCACUCCCAGCCUGCGUCCUAAUUACCUACUAUGACAACAUUCGCGCGUCCUCUACAGACCAGGACAUCGCAACUGUGAUCUCCCCUAUUCUCAGAUCGACCAAUCAACUGCAGCCCUACAUCCUUCCCCACCACAAACCUCCCAAACUAUCUGCUCAAAACUUUGAUCAGAUGUAUAUCUGA